AUGGCAUCCGGCCUGACGAGGCUGCUGCUGCGAGGUCCCCGUUGCCUCUUGGCAGCGGCCGGCCCCACUCUCGCCCCGCCGGUUCGGGGAGUGAAGAAGGGAUUCCGCGCCGCUUUCCGGUUUCAGAAGGAGUUAGAGCGGUGGCGCCUGCGCCGGUGCCCGCCGCCGCCGGUGCGCCGGUCGGAGAAACCCAACUGGGAUUACCAUGCUGAAAUACAAGCAUUUGGCCCUCGGUUACAGGAAACUUUUUCAUUAGAUCUUCUCAAAACUGCAUUUGUUAAUAGCUGCUAUAUUAAAAGCGAGGAGGCCAAACGCCAAAAACUCGGAAUAGAGAAGGAAGCUGUUCUUCUGAACCUCAAAGAUAAUCAAGAACUCUCUGAACAAGGGGCAUCUUUUUCACAGACAUGCCUCACGCAGUUUUUUGAGGAUGCGUUCCCAGACUUGCCCACUGAAGGCACUAGAAGUCUGGUUGACUAUCUCACCAGUGAGGACGUGGUGUGUCACGUGGCCAGAAACUUAGCGGUGGAGCAGCUGACGCUGAGCGCAGACUUCCCUGUCCCCCCAGCUGUGUUACGGCAGACUUUCUUUGCCGUAAUUGGAGCCUUGCUGCAGAGCAGCGGACCCGAGAGGACUGCACUCUUCAUCAGGGACUUCUUAAUUACUCAAAUGACGGGAAAAGAACUCUUUGAGAUUUGGAAGAUAAUAAAUCCCAUGGGGCUACUGGUACAAGAACUGAAGAAAAGGAAUAUUUCAGUUCCUGAAUCUAGACUCACUAGGCAGUCUGGAAGCACCACAGCUUUGCCUGUGUAUUUUGUUGGCUUAUACUGUGAUAAAAAGCUGAUUGCAGAAGGCCCUGGGGAGACAGUACUGGUUGCAGAAGAAGAAGCUGCUCGAGUGGCACUUAGGAAACUUUACGGGUUCACUGAGAAUCGCCGGCCCUGGGACUACUGUAGGCCCAAAGAGCCUGUGAGAGCAGAAAAGACCAUCGCUGCCUGCUAG